AUGUACGCUGAGGACAGACUACGCAGUCGUGACGUCGAGUGGUGUGAGAGCGCUCUUCACGAAUUAGAGGGCGCGAUAGGGCCGCGGAACCUCCACGGAUGGACUCAAUGUAAAACGAUUAUAGAUCUUGCGAACUCGAACAUACUACACGCCGUGAUUCGCGUCGGGGCAGACUUGGGGCUAUUCCGCACUUUAGCUACGACUAACAAGACUUUCAAGCUUGAAGAGCUGUCAGAUCUCACAGGGUCAGCCCCUGGCCCUUUAGAGAGAAUAAAUCGUUACCUGGCCUUGAACAACACAAUUAAGGAGGUUGGCAUCAACGAGUACCAUGCCAGCAGAGUGACCCACAUUUUGGCUAGCGACCUGGGCGAAGCAAUGGUCUACCACGGCUUCAACACCCAUAGACCUGUCAUUCAAGCACUGCCCGAUUUCCUUGCAGCUACCAAGUACCAGGAUAUCACCAGUAACACAAACACACCAUUCCAGGUCGCUCACAACACCAACCUCAAGUCUUUUGACUGGAUGGUCAUGCAUCCAGAUCAUUUCAAGUAUCUGCAGAAGGUCACGACUGGCUUCAAGGGAGCGGAAUGGACGGUUGGGUUUGAUACCCUCGACAUCGAAGCACAAAAGGUUCCAUCCACUCUACCCCAGCCUUCCGAGAAGCCAUUCUUCGUUGAUGUCGGGGGUGACCAUGGACACCAAUACAUCCAACUAGGCAAGAAAUAUCCCAGCCUCCUCGCGCGACUUCUGCUCCAGGAUCUUCCCGAAGCAGUAAAUAAAUUGUCUCCAAUCGAAAGCGUGAAAGCCGAUGCCUAUGACUUCUUUGAAAAGGAGCCUUUCACAGGGGCCAAACUCUACUAUCUCCGAAAAAUCAUGCACGACUGGCCCGACAACGAAGCCACAAAUAUCCUCCUGAACAUCGCCGGUGCCAUGGCCAUAGACUCCCGCAUGUUGAUUGACGAGAUCGUCAUGCCAGAUACUGGAGCUUACUAUGAAGUCACCAUGCAAGAUUUAGCAAUGAUGAACAUCUGUGCUGGAAAGGGGCGCUCCAAGCAGCAGUGGUCAGAUCUCGCCGGUCGCGCGGGCUUGCGCAUUGAGAAUAUUCAUACUUAUAUUCCCUCUACCCAUACCUCGAUUCUUGUAUUGGCUUUGAAGUCGGCGAGGAAAUGUUAA